UGUCAGUGAGAGCUCACUGAUCGUCUUCAUGAUGACCAUCAUCUCUCUGCUCCUGCUGGCCACUCUGCUGCCACACCUGACCUUCACUGCUCAUGUGGAUGUGGGUAUAGUGAAUGGCAGGGAAGCAAAACCCCACUCCAGACCUUACAUGGUUUCUAUUCAAUUGAAUGGGCAACACAUCUGCGGUGGAUUCCUCAUUUCUGAUCAGUGGGUCUUGACUGCUGCACAUUGCUGGGACGGAUAUGACAUUCUGACGGUUGUUGUUGCUGCUCAUGACUUAAGCAAAAGUAAGACUUUGAACCACAUCAGCAUAAAGAACUACAUCCUGCAUCCAGGCUACAAAAUCGGUUCUUUGCAGAAUGACAUCAUGCUUUUGAUGCUAUAUAAAAAAGUCAGACUAAACAACAAUGUUGGACUAAUAUCUGUCACGCCAAUUCCCCGUUAG